AGCAAUGUAGGCAGGGGAGAAACCUAGCCACUACGGUUAGCGGGAAAUGCCGGUAGCUGCGGUUGGCUUAAAACUAUAAUUUUAUAUACUCGAAGUAAACCUCUUAUUUUUACUAAAUGUGUAUGUGGUAGAGUUUGGUUUUGCAUUACUACGGAUAAAAGAGGAAUAGUGACAUAGCUCAACAUUCGCCGUCUAUGCAGAGCUCCCACGUCCGGGUCUAAUGCUAACGUGUAGCGCAUUAGCUACAUUUCGGCUAACAGGAAGAUUGGGAUUGAUAAGCUACGCUAGUACAUAUAAAAUAUUAAGAACAGACAAAGGGCUACCAUUGCUUGUUAUGAAAAAAGAGACUUGUUAAAAUGAGUCUGUUUAAUUUAGACCGGUUUCGUUUUAUGAAGAAGGGAGCAAACGAAGAGCAAGUUUGCGGAACCAAAAGUCCUGAUUCUGAAAAGGAGAAUAAACCAGAUCAGAUGAAGACGUUUAAAACGCCAUCUAAGUCCCAUGCACGAGGAGUGGUUUUUGACGAAGUAAUUUCCAUCGACUUGGAGGAGGAUGGAGUUCCCCAUGAACCAAAGAAAAAAACAACCCCGACCAGGAAAUUUAGGAGCCCUAGUAUGAAGGCAUCCAGACAGGCAGCAUCAGAUUUUACAGAUGACGAAGACGAGAUGGAUGAAAACAUGAACACAUUACUGGAGAUGUUUCCUCAGUUGACAAGAACUYAUGUUCUUGAGGUCCUAAGAGAUACAAGCACCCUGGAUGGAGCUGUAGCUGUCUGCCUUUUAAAAUUUGGUGAUGAAGAAGCUCAGAGUAAAAGCAGGAAGAGAAAUCAGGAUGAAUCCAGCUGUUCUCAGGACAGUGGUGAGAUUCAGCUGAGCAAGAAAAGGAGACUAUCAGAGGCUUCAGAUGAAGAAGAAAAUGACAGGGAAGAACCAAAUUGCGAGAAGCAGGAGGCCAUGCUGAAGAGACUCCAAAGAAAGUUUCCUACGCAGAAAAAAGAGGAUCUGCGUAUGGUGCUUGAAGAGCAUGAAUGGAAUAUUGAAGAUGUUGUGCAGGUUCUACAGUUGUUUGCAGACACAGAAAAAAAUUCCUGCUUAUUUAAUUCAGAAGAACAGAAAUCAAAGAGAAAAGAUGAGUCAAGUACAAACCACAAAGAUUCUAGGGACCAUAAGGAUGACAAGGAUCACGGAGAUCAGAGGGAGUCCGAUGCAGACAGUUCAAAUGAUACAGAUGUUACAAAGGACAGUGAAGAUGAUUUGAUGGAUUAUAAGGAUGACAAGGACCACGAAGAUCACAGGGAAUCCGAUGCGAACAGUUCAAAUGAUACAGAUGUUACAAAGGACAGUGAAGAUGAUUCGGAUUCAGAGGGCAGCAAAUGUUCCAAAUUAAAAAAUAACCUGUCUGUUCGUUCUGCAUGGAUUGCAAAAAAAUCUGAUUCAGGCUCUUCAUCUUCCUCGGUUAAGCCAACAUCUACCUCUUCCUACGUGGCACCGUCCUCUUCCUCCUCGACCUCUCAGACUUUGUCCAGAUUUGUCAGUCAGACCAGCAUUGUUAAGAAGCAGGCAGCGGAGAUAAAGAUGAAGGCACGUGCCUCACAUGAACCCAUCAGUUCUGAAGGGGAAAGUGAUCUUGAAGAGGACAUGGUAUCAAGCGAGUUUGAGGAUUCCGACGAUGAGUUACAUGUUGAAAGUGGAAAACCAGAUUUAAGGAAAGAGAUGCUCACAUUUUUCCAGAAUGCAACUAUAGAUGAGCUGUCUUUGAUUUCUGGCUGUUCUGUAAAAAAAGCCCAGAGGAUUGUGGAACUGAGGCCUUAUGAAACAUGGGAAAGCCUGUGGGAUGUCUUUCAUAAGGCAAAUGGGCUUUCAGAAGAUUUGCUGAUAGGAUGCAAAGUUGUCCUCAAAGAGCGAAAGGUCGUCUUAGGACUCAUGUCUAAAUGUCAGACAAUUUCUUCCAAAAUGGUGAAACGGGUUACUGAAGUGAUGGAAAGUGGAACAGGAUCCUCAAAACAGCCCAGUAUACUCAACAACCAGUUUGAACUUAAACAGUAUCAACUAAUCGGUCUGAAGUGGCUGAUGCUCCUGCAUGAACACAGUCUGAGUGGUAUCCUUGCAGAUGAGAUGGGUUUGGGAAAAACUAUCCAGGCUAUAGCAUUUUUGGCUCAGCUAUAUGAAAAUGGAAUUCAUGGUCCUCAUCUUAUCAUUGUGCCUUCCUCUACACUGGAUAACUGGGUUAGAGAGCUGAUGGCGUGGUGUCCAAGCCUUGAAGUCCUUGUUUAUUAUGGGUCUGUUGAAGAGCGUCGCUACCUCAAACGUGAGAUCCUUGAUGAGGAAGUUAAGUUCAACGUUAUUGUGACCACGUAUAACUUGGCUAUUGGAAACGAAAACGACCGCAGCCUUUUCCGCAAGCUGCCUCUAAAGUAUGCUGUGUUUGAUGAAGGCCACAUGUUGAAGAACAUGAAAACUUUGCGCUACCGUCACCUUAUGUCUAUUAAUGCUGAACAUCGGCUGCUGCUGACAGGAACGCCUGUACAGAACAACCUUCUAGAGCUCAUGUCUUUGCUGAACUUCAUCAUGCCCUCCAUGUUCUCCAGCUCCACUCUGCAGCUCUCCAAAAUGUUUUCCAUGAAAUCUCAUGAGGAGCAAAGCAGUUUUGAGAGGGAUCGUAUUUCUCAGGCCAAACUCAUCAUGAAACCAUUUAUCCUGCGACGAGUUAAGAGUGAGGUCCUCAAGCAGCUGCCGGCUAAAGAAGAAAAAGUUGAGUUCUGCUUAAUGAGUGAGAAACAGAAGGUUCUCUACGAGGCCCUCCUAAAAAAACUGAAAACUUCCACUAAUGGAGAGAAGCGUGAGCUGUGUAAUGUUAUGAUGCAGUUGAGGAAGAUGGCCAACCAUCCUCUUCUUCAUAGACAAUACUACACCACAGAAAAGCUUGAAACCAUGAGCAAACUUAUGCUCAAGGAACCAACACACGUUGAUGCCAGUGCUGCUCUGAUUCAAGAAGACAUGGCAGUGAUGUCAGACUUUGAGCUGCAUCGCCUGUGUCGACAGUACUCCUCCAUCGGCUCCUACCAGCUCGAUAACGAUCUUUUGCUUGACUCAGGGAAAUUCCACCACCUUAAAGAGCUGCUGUGCUUGCUAAAAAGCCAGGGAGACCGAGUGGUGUUGUUCAGCCAGUUUACCAUGAUGUUAGAUAUUGUGGAAGUGCUUCUGAAACAUCUUCAGCAUCGUUAUGUCAGGCUGGAUGGAUCCACACCUAUAGCUGACAGGAUUGUGUUGAUUGAUCAGUACAACACCGACCCUGAGAUAUUUGUGUUUCUGCUGUCAACCCGUGCUGGUGGGCUCGGUAUCAACCUCACCUCAGCAAAUGUUGUCAUCCUGCAUGAUAUCGACUGCAAUCCCUACAACGACAAACAAGCUGAGGAUAGAUGUCACCGUGUGGGUCAGACCAGGACUGUACAGGUGAUCAAGCUCAUCAGUAAGGACAGCAUCGAGGACUGUAUCCUGCAGCUCGGUCACAAAAAACUCAAGUUAGAACAAGACAUGACUGCUGCUGAACAAGGUGUUGAGGGGACCAUACCUGAAGACAUGGCAUCUUUGCUCAAAGCCUCUCUGGGACUGUGAUGCAUAAAUGCAUCAACCUUGAAACUGAAGUUUUUUUUCCCACUCUUGUAGGUAGUCUACUGCAAACCGGUUGUACAGAAACUUUGCCUAAAACACUUUUACCUACGCACAAACUAAACAUCAUGAUUGCCUUUAAGUAUUAUACACACCACAUCAUCUGCAGUUAACAAGCUGCCRUUAAAUCCUAUAGCUUCACACAGUUUUUGUGUUUAUUAUAGACAUGAGAUAAAGUCAAGAUUCUGUCAAAAGUAACAUUUCAGUAUCUUUUUUGAUGGAGGAGUUUCCUCUAAACUUGGACAUGGGUGCUAAAAAAUACUGCUAACGCUGAAACUAGCAAAUCUCUUAGAUAUUUGGAGUCUUUUUCACUGAAAUGUUGGGMUUUUUUUGUCUGUCAUAUUUAAAUAUUCUUAUCGGCAAACAUGAUUUGACUUUCUCUAAUUAACCACAUGCUUGUUUGGGUGUAGCCAAUGGCUUUUGAAGAUGUGUUGCUGGAACAUCGGACACAAAUUUCAGAAAUAAGUUGAUGUGUGUGUGUUUUGUAGAUGUGUUCAGUAUGUUGUAAGUGUAUGUGUUUUACUACAAGUUUUUUUCCAAGUCCUUUUGUAUGUUUUCAGAUUCAUUUUUGAACUGAUAAAUAUUUGAAACAAAUUGUUUCUGUCUUAUCUGCUGUAAUUUAACAGUAGAAAACAACAUUUUUAUAUAAGCAUGAAACAUGUUUUAUGAUGACUUUUCUGAUGGUAUAUUUUCAGGUGCAGUUGCAUUUAACAUAUGGCUAAAGUUUCCAAAUAAAAUGUUUAGAAUUUUUCAUUCCA